GAAGAAUCAGCUCCCACAAUCAGCAGACCCACCAAUUAUGACUCAACACUGUUCACCUUUCAUUUUCAGUCUCUUUAAUUCUCUGCAUUUCUCGCUGCAUACAUACCACCAUCAUCAGCGCCAUCACUACCUACCUAGGGCUUUCUCAUACACCUCAUUUCAUGUUCUACUGCUCUUCAUUUUCUAUGAAUUUUCACCAUUUCUCUGUUUUUAGCUUUUGGAUUUAGCAUUUCUCGUUGAAUACCGCUCUGUAAUUCUCAUAAGAUCCAAGCUCCGCGAUGGCGAUGGCGGAUGUACUACAAUUUUUUGUUGUUUUGGAUCUGAAACAGAGCCUCUAGGGUUCGUUUUGGUCCACGACGAAUCUUCCUAGGGCUCUGAAAAGUAAAGAGGUCUUUUCAAGAUUCCCAAAAUUUCCCAAAAGGCUUCGCGAUUCUUCUCAGAUGCUCUUGUUUUUAAUGCUUUCAUGACCUAAUAAACCCUCCAUUUCUCUGCAUUUCCUCUCUGGAUUUUCAGAGAGAGAUUUUCGGCCAUGGAAUUUCUCUCUCCGGCUUCUUAUCUUCAAAAUUCGAACUGGUUAUUUCAAGAAACGAAAGGAACACAAUGGACCCCUGAGGAAAACAAACGGUUCGAGAAUGCUCUGGCCUUGUACGAUGAGGACACUUCCGAUCGGUGGUUCAAAGUUGCCGCCAUGAUUCCCGGCAAGACCAUCGGUGAUGUGAUAAAGCAGUACCAAGAACUGGAGGAGGAUGUCAGUGACAUAGAGGCUGGUCUCAUCCCUAUUCGUGACUAUGACAGUAGCAAUUCCUUCACAUUGGAACGAGUCGAUAGCAGCCAUGGAUUUGAUGGUUUGAGCCAUUUUUUUGGCUCUGGAUUCAAGAGAGGGACGUCUACUAGACCUUCUGAUCAUGAAAGGAAGAAAGGAAUUCCCUGGACUGAAGAAGAACACAGGCAAUUUCUGAUGGGUCUUAAAAAAUAUGGCAAAGGUGACUGGAGAAACAUUUCUCGUAAUUUCGUUACAACGAGAACGCCAACACAAGUGGCUAGUCAUGCCCAAAAGUACUUCAUUAGACAGCUGAGUGGAGGGAAGGACAAGAGAAGAUCGAGUAUCCACGACAUCACGACUGUCAAUCUCCCCGAUACGAAAUCUCCAUUGGGGGACAACAACAGGCAUCCAUCCCCGGAUCCGGCUGCAAUGGCUGCACAACUGCAUCAACUUUCCGAAAUGGUCGGCAGCACCGAGCAACAAUUCGACUGGAAAUCUUCGAAUCAAGUACUCGACUCGUCGAAUGGUAACAUGUUUAUGGUUAUGCCUUCUAAUGAACCUCAGCAACAAGAAGAGAACCUGUUGAAAGAAACCAUUCAUCGAUCUGCUAUUGCAUCUUACUAUAAUAUUUUUCAGGUGCAACCAAUGAAUUAUCACUGAACUUCUUCUUUCUUUUUGGGAUAUUUUUGAUGGUUAGAACAUAGGAUGUGCUUAUGAAUUAAAAGAAUCAAUAUGGUUUGGCAAUCUUAGGUUGCUCUAUCAUAUGAUUACUGUGUAUCAUGUGCUCUGAUGUGAAUAUGUUGAUGAACAUAACUAUAACUUUAUGAAAUGAUCAUUUCCCGUGA